AUGGCGGUUGCAGAACAGCCACGCACGUUGCGUGAGGAAAUGCAUAUUGUUAGUAAGUUGCUAGAUGUACAGCCUAUAGUAGGGAUGUAUGGUGAGAACAAACCGGUGUUGCGCGAAGAUGUGCCCCAAAGGGAGAAAGUAGCAGAUAUAAAUGCGAAGCUAGCGACAUUGAAGGCAUUAAUUGACGGGGAGAAGUGGAUUUUUCACGACUCACUUGUGGUGGAACUCCCUAAUUACCAGGGAGUUAAUCGCUAUGUGUUUUUCAAGGGUCUUUUGAAGUCUAUGGCACUGAAAUUGGAGACUUUAUAUGGAUUUUUGUCGACUGCUACUGACGUGCCAGAAAGUGAUUUGGCGAAAAAAGCGAUCGAAUUGAAUUUGGUUAAGGAGAAUGAAAUAGUUGAAGGAUUGGAUUUGGAAAACCUCCAGAUGUUCUUGAAGGUAUUUUAUAACAAAAACAGCCCUCUUUUUACCUUACUAAAUCUUUUCGAUGAGUACGAGGCUAAUUUAUCACCGAGAGACAUAUGGUCGGCGAGCACACAUCCUUUUGAUCAGUUUUAUAAAGAUACGGAUGGGGAAUCUGAGGGGUUGAGUACUCUUGACGAAAGCAAUUCCAGAAUGGAAAUCCAUGUUCCGGAUACUGUUAAACUGCCGAAUUUGUCGGUGGAUGUAGAGCAACCUGGGGUCGUCGUUAGAGAACAUGCGGAAGCGGGUGCUGUACAGGUUAAUGGGGAGAGGGCUGUUUCGGGCGCCACCACACAUGGCGGUGACGCGAGGGGCGUAAACCCAACUCCAGGCGUAACUUCUACUACAACUACUACAUCGGAGUCGACGUCCUUAAGGUCUGGAGCUGCUGAGGCCUCACCGAAGAAGGCAUCUUAUGCAUUCGAGCCGUUUGCAAUGCUGCUUAUUGUUAUGAGUGCUGCUUUUGCGUUUUAA